AUGCCUCUUCAUCGCCAUUUGAGGCCAUCAGUCACUCAAUUCCUCCUUGAUAGCUCUCACCGGCCAUAUGCUACUCCUGUCAUCUAUCACACGAAGACGGCCUCGAGCUCUUGCACGCGACACCAUGGUCUUCGACAUGGAUAUAGCUACACACGAAGGCUCCUCUUCUCAACAACAUCACAUCAAUUCCUCGCCUCAACCCGGGAACCAACUUAUUACGAAAUCCUCGACGUCCCCGUAACCGCCACCCCCUCCGAGAUCAAAAAAAAGUUUUACUCCCUCUCUCUCCGCCACCACCCAGACCGCAACCCAGACGAUCCAACAGCUUCCUCUCGCUUCGCCAAAAUUUCCUCCGCCUACAACGUUCUCAGCAACGCCGCGAAACGAUCAACUUAUGACCGCGACAACGGCAUCCACUCCUUCACCUCGACAUCGACACACUCCUCCGCGAACCCAGGCCAACACCCCAUGGGCAGCCACAGCAGCCAUGGCUACUACCACAAAGGCGGCGCAUCAUAUUUUGGGUCCCGGCCUGCGAGCGGGCUGAGUAAACGGCGUGGCCCGUUCCGUGGGCCGCCGCCGAGUUUCUAUGCGCAUGGCGGGUAUGGGAAUCGGAAGGCACCGCCGACAGGAGGGUCGGCUGCGGGGUCUGGUGGUGGUGCUGCUGGCGGCGCCAAAUACAAUGAGGAUGAUCCGACUGCUUUUAUUGACCGAAACCGGAUAGGGCAUUUUAAUGCGAAGGGACACUAUCGAACCCAGACUGCGGAGGAUACCCGACGCCGGGAGCGCCGGUCCAGGCAUUCGGGAGCCGAUAUGAAUGAUCAGUAUAUCGGGGGUAGGAGCGACUUCAUUGUGCGAUUCGUUGCUGUUACUGGCAUUCUAGUGGGUGCUUCAGCGUUGUCAGGCUUGGUCCGUUGGCCUCAAAACCGUACUGAUGUGCUGGACAAGGCGACUAGACCACUAAAGGCAAAGGACACCUGA